CUCGAGUCCUUCAGUGGUUGUUAUUAUUAGUACUUUUUUUUUUUCUUCCGUUCACAAUGAAGAAAAUAAAAGCGCCCAAAUCCUGACGUCCGCGUUUUGGUCAAUGACCCUCCGUCGUGGUGUCGGUGACUGACAUGGACUCUAGUGACUAUAAGGAUGUGAAGCUAUCGGCCGAAGUAGAACCGUUCAUCCCGCAGAAGAAAGGUAUGGAAGGAUCUCAAGUGAGCAUGAGUCUUUCUGGAGAGGCAGGCGGCGGGGGAAGUGGUGGCGGCAUCGGAGGAGGCAGUGGAGGGGUGGAAACCACGCCGAUACCCAGCUACCUCAUCACCUGCUACCCAUUCGUCCAGGAGAACCAACCCAACAGGCAACAUCCCAUGUACAAUGGAGGGGAGCUGCGCUGGCAGCAGCCCAACCCCAGCCCCGGGGGUUCGUACCUGGCCUACCCCAUCAUGUCUUCCCCCCAGCCUCCCGUCUCCAACGACUACGCCUACUACCAGAUUAUGCCUGCUCCUUGCCCACCGGUGAUGGGCUUCUACCAGCCGUUCCCCGGCACCUACGCAGGUCCGGUGCAAGCCGGAGUGGUCAACCCUGUCUCAGCAGAGGUCGGUGAAAGGCCGCUGCCUUUGGGACCAGCGUACGGGAUGAACAGUCAGAGGGGGAGAGGCAUGGUGCGACCUAAUGUUCCCCCAAAUGUACAGAUGCAGCAGUUGAGUGUGUGCCAACCUCUGAGGGGUCGCCGACCUCCAACCAGGAGUGUAGCUGUGCAGAAGGAGGUCUGCACUUUGGGGCCUGAUGGUAGGACCAAGACAGUCAUGCUGGUGGAUGCGGCACAGCAGACCGAUUUCCCAGGUGAGGUGUCCGGGAGGUGCGCAGCAGAGCGGGCCAGUCCCCAGCUGUGGAAGAACAAGACAAAGAGAAGACGGGCGUCCCAUCCAGCCGAAAACUACACCGAGCAGGGCGCCAGUGAGGCAGACAUAGACAGCGACAGCGGCUACUGCAGCCCCAAACACAACCAGGCUGCGGGUGUAACGCAACGAAGCGCAGAAAAUACAGCGGCGCCCACAGCAGUUGAGGCCGGCGUAAUGACAGCAGGCACCUGGGUAAAUGUGGCAUCUCAGGCUACCCAGAAGUCUUGGGGGGACAGAAACGGACAGUUUCACAGGGCAGACCAGAGAAAGAACCCUGAACAGAGAAACGUCUCCCAGGAGUUCCACGGUGGCUACGCGGGGCGCGCGCCUCCCGGCCAGUCACACCAGCGGCCGCAGCCAGCUGUGGUCUCUGAUAACGAGGUCUCCCCGCAGCCCCUCUACUUUGAGGAUGAAGACGAGUUCCCAGAUCUGGCUUCCGGAGGAGCUGCCCAACGCUGCACCAAAGCAGAAUCUACUCCAGCCCAGACGCACGCGCAACCUAAACUUCCUAAAAACCUGCUGGAUAACCUUCCAGAAAACUCCCCUAUCAACAUUGUGCAGACACCCAUCCCCAUUACCACCUCCGUUCCCAAGAGGGCCAAGAGCCAGAGGAAGAAGGCCAUGGCCGCUGCUUUGGCCACGGCACAAGAGUACUCUGAAAUCAGCAUGGAACAAAAGAAAUUACAAGAAGCAUUCACCAAAGCCGCAGGGAAGAAGAGCAAAACCUCCGUCGAGCUGGACCUGGGAGAUAUGCUGGCCGCUUUGGAGAAACACCAGCAGGCCAUGAAGGCCAGGCAGCUGAACAAUACGAAGCCACUGUCAUUUACAGUUGGAACGACGGCUCCGUUCCACGGCUCAGGCCUGGUCAGCCUGCCGUCCGCGUUGAAGGGUCACCAGCAGCCGUACUCAGUCCCACACAAUUCUCUGGAUUCUACCGCGCCUCGAAUCAAGAGAGGGAAGGAGAGAGAGAUCCCCAAAGUAAAACGGCCCACCGCCCUGAAGAAGAUCAUCUUGAAGGAGCGUGAAGGGAAGAAAGGGAAGACUAGUGUAGAGCAGGAGUCUUCAGGGCAGGAGGAGCACGGGGAGGAGAGUUUACAUUUCACUGAUGAUCUUGCACGAGAGCCCGCCUCCCAAGAAGAAACCGGCCUGAGCAUGCCCAGCGACGCAUCCCUUUCCCCGGCCAGUCAGAACUCUCCCUACAGCAUCACCCCGGUGUCCCAGGGCUCUCCCGCCAGCUCCGGCAUCGGGAGUCCCAUGGCCUCGAACGCCAUCACCAAGAUCCACAGCCGCCGUUUCAGAGAGUAUUGUAACCAAGUGCUGAGUAAGGAGAUCGACGAGAGCGUGACUAUGCUGUUACAGGAACUGGUUCGCUUCCAGGAGCGUGUCUACCAGAAGGAUCCUACCAAGGCCAAAACCAAGCGUCGCCUGGUCAUGGGUCUCAGAGAGGUCACCAAGCACAUGAAGUUGAAUAAGAUUAAGUGUGUCCUCAUAUCUCCCAACUGUGAGAAGAUCCAAGCCAAAGGUGGUUUGGAUGAGGCUCUUUACAAUGUAAUCGCCAUGGCGCGGGAUCAGGAGAUUCCGUUUGUGUUUGCUUUGGGCCGGAAAGCUCUGGGACGCUGCGUCAACAAACUAGUGCCUGUUAGUGUGGUCGGCAUUUUCAACUAUUCUGGAGCUGAGGGUCUUUUCAACCGUCUGGUGUCUCUGACCGAAGAGGCUCGAAAGGCCUACAAGGAUAUGGUGUCAGCUCUGGAGCAGGAGCAGGCCGAGGAGGCUCAGAAAAAUGACAAGAAAGUCCCGCACCACAUGGGCCACUCCCGCAACCACUCGGCGGCUUCCGCCAUCUCCUUCUGCUCCAUCUUCUCUGAGCCUAUUUCGGAGGUCAAUGAAAAGGAGUACGAGACCAACUGGAGGAGCAUGGUGGAGAAUUCCGAUGCCCCGGAGCCCGUGGAGUCCGAGCCGAGGCGCCCUGCCCCCCCCACGUCAACCCAAAAGGACGGCGAGGCCGCGGCUCCCGCCGCCACGCCCGCACCGACGGCUCCCCAGGCAGCCAGGACGGCGCCGGCCACGCUGACGCAGGGCACCGGGGAGAGAGACGAGGUCCGGGUGGACGACCGGCUGGAGCUGGCGUCUCAGCAGAGCACAGAGACGGGCUCUCUGGACGGGAGCUGCAGGGGCCCGCUGAACUCCUCCAUCACCUCCACCACUUCCACCCUGGUCCCCGGGAUGUUGGAGGAGGCGGAGGAGGAGGAAGAGGAGGACUACACUCCCGAGCCAAUUGCUGUGGAGGUGCCUACCCUCAGCAGCCGCAUUGAAUACUGGGUGUCGAAGACCCUGGAAAACCUGCAGCUGGGAAAGAGCCAGGAGAGCACAGAAGAGGAAGACGAAGAGGAGGAAGAGGAGGAGGAGGAGAGAGGGCAGAGCGAAGAGGAGGAGGAGGACCUUGAUUCAGCGGAUAUUGCAGAGACGAGGACAGAGGACAAAGACCAAGUGGAGGUUAAGAAGGUCCCAGGUUGAUGUCUCCUCCUCCUCCUCCUCCUCUGUUCUCCCAUACACUCAUUCCCUCUGUUGCUCUCACGUCCUCCUUCACAGCAACCAGCAGCUUCUCCCAUUUGUCUCCAGCCCCUCGACACCAGACAUAAUCUCAGGUAUCCAACCAACUGACCAACACUCACACAUUUACAGAGAAACUGACUGACCCACCAACGCACAGCGUCGCACACCAAACGGCAUCUAACGCGGUCCCCUCUCCGGCCUGUGACCUGCUACACUUGAAUCCAGGGGGGGAGUGUGUGUGAGACCCUCCUCCUCCGGGGGCUCAACUCCUUUAGAGUCGUCUGGGACGUUUUGGGAGCAAGUGCUUAAAAUGGAGAACUGCAGCCUGCGGCUCGCAGAGAAGGAAGGUUGGAACCUUUUUUUUUUUUUUUUAGCUCCCAUCUUGUUUGUGCGUGUGUGUGUGUGUGUUUACAGGCACAUAGUUUUCAUUUAAUUUUUGCUGUGUUUAGCUUUAUUUUUGUACAUGUUUUUUGAGGAAAUGAAGAACAUCCAUUUCCUCAUAACCUCUUGGUUAAUAUUUAGCUUUUCUCACAAAGCAUUACAGUGUCGGGGUUCUGUCUGUCUACCUAAACCACUCCCACUCAUCAGUCUUCAGAGUGUUAUUAUAAUGUUGAAUUUAUAAAUGUCCCACUUUGUGUUCAGAUUACUUUUAACUUCGAACAAGCAAAAUGAGCUUUGUGUAUAUAACCAUGUCUGUGUGGUUCUAUUACAGUAUAAAUUGGUUUAUCAUAUGGAUUUUGGCUCCAUUUGAAACUAUUUUGAGUUAAUCUGGAAUUGUCUUGAGUUCCCAGAUGUCUGGGCUUCAGAAACAGAAAAUGUUCCUCCGGUGGAGUUUGUUCUCUGAUGGGUAGGGCGGUCUCGAGCAGUCUCCUUUGGUAAUGACCUAACAACAUCUUUGCUUUAAAAAAAUAAAAAGAAAGAAAAAGCCACUUACAUCAAGUUAACCAAUAGGACGAGCCGGGGUUUACUGGUAUUCGUAAGUUCAUCAGUACCCAAGUUGACCAAUAGCAUCGGAUAUGGCUCAAUCCUUGUAAGGCUCUUCUAGAUUACAGUCGUGCACAAACCUUUGUAAAUACAUGUGUACAAAAGAGAUUUUGAUUUGUCGUUGUAUUAAAACAAAUACGAUCAUCCCGUUCCUUAAAGCCAUUCGAUACGUUUUAACCGAGUGAAUCCUAUUGGAUAAUGGUGUUUGAUAGUGAAUCACGGUGAGAUUUCAGCCAAUCGACGACGACGCGGUGUGUUUAAAUGCAGUAUGCCGGGCCGUAUGCAAUGUGAAGCCUCGAGGCGGGACAUGACGGCGUCCUGAAUAUUAUACUUGGGAUUAUAAAAGUAUUUCUAGUUUGGUAACAAGUACCAUGUGUGUAGGUUUGUGGUUGCGAUGACUUCCAUGAAAGUGUUUUAAAGUUUGUUAAGUUAAUUGACAGCAAGUGUGUUUCUUUGCACUAUGUAAAUACAGUACUGGUAAAGGUCUUGUAACUAAUGUGAACAAAAAAACAAAAAAAAAAACAGAACGGUUCAAUGAAGUACUUUUUUCAGCGUGUUCCUUGUCUUUCUAUGGAUAUUUAAGACCGUCUCCUUCAGACUGUACAUCACUAGCAACAUUGUUAUAGGCUGUUUCUCAUAAUCCUGUUAUUGCUCUCAAUAUAUAUAUAUGAACUGAUGAUUAACAUCAUUAAAAUGUUGUUUAAGUAAACUGUU